GUGAUGGCAGCGGGCUGGAGAAUUCCAGGACCAAUUCCUAUCCUCCUCAGCGUCUCUUGGGGUACAAAGGGAAAACAAGUGUUGAUGACCUGAGGACCAAGCUCAAGAAGAAGCUGCACAAGGCUGAAGGCAUCAAGACUGUGAAAAGCAUUGUCCCACAUCAUUCCCAGCCUGCCAAUCUGAAGUAUGUGCUGGAAAAGACACCCUCAAGCUGGAAUCACAGGCAGCAGGACUCACAUUUAAACUGGCAAGCACUGAACCCUUGGGAUGUAGCUGGUGGAUUAAACCCCUCUCAUGACAAGUCUGGAGAUAGACACCUCAGAGAUGAGGUGGAAGAUCAAGAUCCAAGGCAGUACUAUGUCAGUUCUCACAAACAGCCAAAGAAGGAGGAAGCCAGCUUUGGGUGGGACAUAAUCAGCUUUUCUACGAGGUCUUGAGCCCUGUGAAAGCAGAGGGAGAGCCCAGAGCCACCGCCACCAAAGCUGAGCAGGGUCUAAACAGGAACCUGGAUUUUCUCUCUGACCCAUUGGUUCAGAGCCGCCCCUCUGCCAGCACCAGGGGAGAGGCCACGGCUGAAGGGGAGCAUUCCCCUCUAGGAGGGCACCCCCAGAAGAUCCCUGACACCACAGAGGAUGAAGGCUCCCAGUUUCUCAAUAAUCCUUGGAGACCUCGAAGUCCAGGCUUUGAGCCAGUUCCAGGAGAGUCCUUCGAAACCACGGUCAAUCAUCACCUGCGCUUGCUGGUGCCGGACAAAGGCCUGCAGAGCUUCAUGGCUCACAUGGAGCAAGCCCUGAGGAUGGACUGCAGCCUGCCCCAGCUGAAACAGGCCUGUGCCAAGAUGGUCUCAAAGACCGGGCUGCUUCUAAAGGCACUCAGUGAGAGGCAAGAGAAACAGGGAGCCUCUGAUCACAUGGACCUGUGUCGUCAGCAAGAGAAUAUGCCCGGAUGCAUGGCCUUGGGGGAGGGCAAGAAACUCGUAGGGAAGAAAGCAGAGCACUCAGUGGAAAUGGUCAAGUUUGUGGUUUUGUUAUCUCUCUUCGUUAUCCUUGGUGUGAUGCUGAAAGUCUUCUUCCACACAUGCCUUGUAUCUUCUAAAGCUGAUUCUCAACCCGGCCACACCAGGAUCUUGUGCCUGAGAAGGUUCUGUGUAAAGCUGCCGGAGAAAGGGAGGAAGGAUAACAAGGAGGCACAGGAUGUGGAGUAGAACGGGGCAGGGUUUUCCUGCCAGUGUUGUCCCUGUUGUGACACUGUCCAUGGCUCCUCCCAGUGGUCUUCCCUAUUCAGGAAGUCUGAAUUGCCAUGGAUUGAACACAUCAGGGAUGCCUAUGAAGCCCAGAGAGAAGCAU